AUGAAGACAAGAUCAGCAAGCGCCAACUCAGGCGCACAGAGAGUCGUCGACGGCAUCAAAGAAGAACCUGCAGAUGAGACUCUGGCUCAAGUUGAUCACGACCUUCAACCCCUUAACACUGACGCCGACAACCAUCAAACCGAUACCCAUGCAGUCGCAGAGUCCAAUCACGACCAAUCCAACACCUUCGUGUCCCGCAUGAUGACCAGAUCCUCGAGACUCAACACCCGCAUCACAUCGCCCACUGCCCCAGAACCAGGCACUCCCACUUCUACUCCCACUGCCAAACCCACCAAACAGACUCCCACCAUCAGUACUGGAAGAAAAACCAGAUCAGUCUCCGUUCCCACAACCACCACUACUACCGCCAAAGUCGCCAAAGCCACCAGAAUGCACAAACCUCUACCACCCAUCCCAGCCGUUCUUGCUCCCGCCCCAAACGCUCCCAAGAACUCCACCUCCACUUCGAAAACCUCACUCUUCAGAACCCUCUCCCCAGCCCAGAAGGUCAGCCGCAAACGCAAACUCUCCACCAUCAGGAGUACAUUGAAGCAGAAGAGUGUCGAGCAACUCACCGAUCUGUAUAACAGCACCGAAGACCCUGAUUUCCAGACGCUGAUGACCGAGGUCUAUCAUGAGAAUUGCAUGAGUAGGCUGGACGAGUGGGAGAAAUCACUUUUGGAUGAGGAUUGA